AUGGAGCAGGUCUGGAGCUUAGUACCUGAGGCUCAACUGAUGAGAAGCUUGAUGGAUGUCAGGGACGUUCAUUCGUCCAUAGACGCACGAGUUAAAAUCUCCCUCCUGAAGUCCUUUAAAGAUGUGGUCUCUGCCCAGGCACCUGAGUUCUGGGACACUCAGCAAAAGGACGCUCAUGAGUUCCUGACUACAGUCCUGGAACAGAUGAGAGGUCUGGCCCCUCUGCUGCAGGAGACAGCAGCUUUCAUGGGCACACAUUAUACCUGCCCUGUAGAGGAUAACCUGGUGAUCACAAUAGAGAACACCAGGACAUGCAAAAGCUGUGGAGCACAGUCAGUGAGACAGGAGGAAUCCACAAACCUGUCUCUAGACCUCAUCCCUGGAGGCUCUGUGGAGGAGAUGCUCCAGGAGUACCUUAAGGAGACGGAGGUGGAGUUCAGGUGUGACUGCGGAGGAAACAAGUCAAGCUGCAGAUCAUCCUUCCUCACUCUGCCACAAGUGCUCAUCCUGCAGCUGAAGAGGUUUCGCUACUCUCCCUUCUUUGAGCUUGAGAAGGUUGAUGACCCUGUCAGGCUGACAAGGGACCUGCCGGUCUCCUCCACACAGGAUGGAGGCUGCUACAGCUUGGUCAGCGCCAUCAGCCAUUUUGGCUCCACAGAAAUGGGACACUACAUCAGCCAAGGCAUCCACCCAGACCACAAUCCGGACAAACCAGAUGAUCAUUGGCUCACCUACAAUGAUUCAAUGGUCUUUAAGACGUCCAGCAAGUUAGUCUGUGAGCAGCGGAAGAGGGGUGCUUACAUCCUGUUCUACAAGAGAAUAGUGUAACCCAACUGACGACGUGAUGUCGGACUGAGGGACCUGCCACAGUCAAGACGUGAUGUCGGGCUAAGGGACCUGCCACAGUCAAGACGUGAUGUCGGACUAAGAGACCUGAAACAGUCAAGACGUGAUGUCGGACUAAGGGACCUGCCACAGUCAAGACGUGAUGUCGGACUGAGGGACCUGGAUACAUCACACGGAGACAGGAUGACCAUCAUGGAGCCAGGAGAUCCGCCGCGGGACAAGGAAGGUAAGUG